CAUAAAAAAUGUUUUACCUCUACAAGACCCUUGAGCGGGUCAAUAUAGACCCAGGAGACCUCAAGAAGCCCGAGUUCAUCCAGAGCUUAGUCAAGCAGCUGGAGAAGAAAUACUGAAAUAAGGUCUUUGACAAAGGAUUCGCCAUUUCCAUAGUGGAGUGCUUCCAUAAAAGCUCCAUCGUCAUGCCAAGGGAGGGAAAUGUACAAGAGAAUGUGGAGAUUAGUGUCCUGGUCUUUAAUCCGUGGAAAGAUGAGGUCCUAAAGGGGAAAAUUAAGAAACAAACUGAAGAAGGAAUUGUAGUCGAUAUGGGCUUUAUUGAAGCAUUCAUACCAGCCGCGCUUACUACAGAAGGGUCCUUCUUUGAUGAUGAGAAAGAAGCUUGGUUCUGGAAAUAUGAAGAUUUGGAUAAAUGCUACUAUUUGGAAUAUCAAACAGAUGAGGAAAUUAAAUUUAGCGUUCACUCUACCGAUUUCUCCAAACCAAAAAUUACAUCAGCUGAUACCACAGAAAUCACAGAAUAUGAUCAGAAUAAGGUAGCAGAAAAAGAAGAUGAGCCUACAGAAAUUGUUACGACCAAAUUCAGAUACACUGUGAUAGGAUCUUGACAAAAAGAAGGUCUUGGGAUGAAAUCAUGGUGGGCUAAUAGCUAAUUUCAACUUUCUUU